AUGGCGAGUUCAGGAUCGGGCUACGAUCUUUCGUCAUCGACGUUUUCUCCGGACGGUCGUCUCUUCCAAGUGGAAUACGCCACGAAAGCCGUCGAACAAGCCGGUACCGUCAUUGGGAUUGCCUGUCAAGACGGUGCGGUUGUCCUCGGUGUAUCCAAGCCCAUUCUACACAAAAUGGUGGUCCCCACCACGGGUUCGUACAAACGCAUUCACCACGUGCACGAACGCGCUGGAGUCGCUUCCACCGGUUUUCUACCCGACGCACGUGUCCUCGUGUCCCGUGCCAUGGACGAAGCCUCGGAUUGGAAGGCACAGUACGGUACCUCGAUUCCCCCGGAUACCUUGGCCGCGCGACUGGGAUCCUACGUGCACUACUUUACACUCCACGGGGCCCUCCGGCCUUUUGGAGCCGCCGCCGUCCUCGCCAGUUACGACGAAGAAGAAAAGGCAGCCUGUUUGCAUCUCGUCGAACCCAGUGGAAAUUCGCAUGCGUACUUUGGGGUAGCCGUGGGUAAAGGCAAACAAGCCGCCAAGACGGAAUUGGAAAAGCUGAAUCUGCACAAGACCAAGCUGUCGGCCACCCAGGCGGUGCAGGAAAUCUGUAAAAUCUUGAUUUUGUUGCACCAAGAGAAUAAGGAAAGUUCCAAACCGCUCGAACUGGAGGUAUCUUGGCUGACGAAAGAGAACGACUUUCGUCAUGUGGGAGCGCCAUUGGAAAUGAUCCAACAAGCCAAAGAAUGGGCGCAAACCCAACUGGAACAGGAAGAAUCGGAU